UAUGGUAAAUCUGUGUCCACUCCUGCCAUACCGAAGGCGUCUAUCGGCCCUACAAUCCUCCGUGUGAACCGGGAUGCUGGGGGUUCCGUGAAUCCGUGGGAUCCGGGGCAUGCUUCUGUCACCACCAGGAAAUGAAUGUUGUUUAUACCUCGCCUGUGCCUCUCAUUAGUGGGUAACACGCAGCAGUACUGUCCGCAUGAGAGAGGUUCCUUACAUUUGUAGCCGUUUUUUUUAUUUAUUAUUUGACGGUUAAAAGGAGCCAGACACAGGGAACGAGCCGCGGCCGCCUGACAGGUGCCCUCGCCCGGCUCUGCGUGGAGAGAGAUGCCGCCCGUCCGGAGAACCAUGUCGGACCUUCGCAGCCGAGCCGAGGGAUAUGCGAAGACAGAGGACACAGCAGAAAGGACGUCCUUAGCUGACCAGGCGGAUGCCCGGAUGAUAUACCUCAACCAGCCGCAGUUUGCCAAGUUCUGCAACAAUCGAGUCAGCACAGCCAAAUACAACGUCCUCACCUUCCUCCCCCGAUUCCUCUACUCGCAGUUCAGAAGGGCCGCCAAUGCCUUCUUCCUCUUCAUUGCACUGUUGCAGCAAAUCCCAGAUGUGUCUCCCACUGGUCGCUGGACCACACUGGUGCCGCUGCUCUUCAUCCUGGUGGUGGCUGCUGUGAAGGAGUUCAUUGAGGAUCUGAAACGACACAAUGCUGAUGGUAUUGUCAACAGAAAGGAAUGUCAAGUUCUGAGGAACGGUGCCUGGGAGAUCGUGCACUGGGAGAAGGUGGCCGUUGGGGAAGUACUCAGAGCUUCAAACGGGGAUCACCUGCCGGCUGACCUCGUCAUACUGUCGUCCAGUGAACCACAGGGAAUGUGCUACAUUGAAACAUCUAACCUGGAUGGAGAAACAAACCUUAAAAUCCGACAGGGUCUCCGAGUGACCUCAGACAUACGGGACAUUGAAAGCCUGAUGCGUCUCUCUGGGAAAAUGGAGUGUGAGAGCCCGAACCGUCAUCUGUACGAGUUUGUUGGGAACCUCCGCCUCGAAGGACACAGUACAAUCCCACUGGGUCCAGACCAGAUCUUACUGAGAGGAGCCCAGCUGAGGAACACUCAGUGGGUGCACGGUGUGGUGGUCUACACCGGACAUGACACCAAGCUCAUGCAGAAUUCCACUCGGCCUCCUCUGAAGCUGUCCAACGUGGAGCGUAUCACCAACUUCCAGAUCCUGGUGCUGUUCGGCUGCCUGCUGGCCAUCUCUCUGCUCUGCUCCAUCGGCCAGACCAUCUGGAAGUACCAGUACGGCAACGAUGCCUGGUACAUGGAUCUCAACUCUCCAGAUGGCGGAGCGGCUAACUUUGGCCUUAACUUCCUCACCUUUAUCAUCCUCUUCAACAACCUGAUUCCCAUCAGUCUCCUGGUCACACUGGAGGUUAUCAAGUUCAUCCAAGCCUUUUUCAUCAACUGGGACACCGAUAUGCUUUAUGAGCCCACCAACACACCGGCCCAGGCUCGCACCUCUAACCUGAAUGAAGAACUAGGCCAGGUGAAAUACAUUUUCACUGACAAGACGGGGACCCUGACCUGCAACGUGAUGCAGUUCAAGAAGUGCACCGUCGCCGGUGUGGCCUAUGGCCACUUCCCUGAGGCUGAGGAUGGUAGUUUUGCUGAGGACGACUGCCACAGCACCAACUCAUCGGAGGAGGAGGGAUUUAAUGACCCGAGCUUACUGGAAAACCUCCAAAGUAAUCACCCUACAGCUGCUGUCAUCCUGGAGUUCAUGACCAUGAUGGCCAUCUGUCACACUGCAGUCCCCGAGCGCAUCGAUGGAAAAAUCACUUACCAGGCUGCAUCUCCAGAUGAAGGAGCACUGGUGAGAGCAGCACAAACCCUUGGCUUUGUGUUUUCUGGUCGAACCCCAGACAGCGUGAUUGUGCAAAUGCCCGGGACAGAGGAGAAGUACGAACUCCUUCAUGUGCUGGAGUUUACAAGCACGAGGAAGAGGAUGUCAGUCAUCAUGCGCACUCCAUCUGGGAAGAUCCGCCUCUACUGCAAAGGAGCUGACACCGUGAUCUAUGACCGCCUGGCAGACAGCUCGAGGUACAAAGAGAUCACAUUGAAACACCUGGAACAGUUUGCUACCGAGGGACUGCGCACUCUGUGCUUUGCGGUGGCAGACGUCAGUGAGUCGUCCUAUCAGCAGUGGCUGGAGAUCUUACACCGAGCCGGCACCUCCCUGCAGAACAGAGCCCUGAAGCUGGAGGAGAGCUACGAGCUGAUAGAGAAGAACCUGCAGCUGCUCGGGGCCACCGCCAUCGAAGACAAGCUCCAGGAUAAAGUGCCAGAAACCAUCGAGACUCUGAUGAAGGCGGACAUCAAGAUCUGGAUCCUGACAGGGGACAAACAGGAAACAGCUAUUAACAUUGGACAUUCCUGCAGACUACUGACCAAGAACAUGGGCAUGCUUGUGGUCAAUGAAGACACUCUUGAUAGAACGAGGGAAACGCUGAGCCACCACUGUGGAGUCCUGGGAGAUGCCCUCUACAAGGAGAACGACUUUGCUCUCAUUAUUGACGGGACGACUCUGAAAUACGCGCUCACAUUCGGAGUGCGACAGUACUUCCUGGACCUCGCCCUGUCCUGUAAAGCUGUCAUUUGCUGCAGAGUAUCUCCUCUUCAGAAGUCCGAGGUGGUGGAGAUGGUAAAGAAACAGGUGAAGGUGAUCACGCUGGCCAUCGGUGACGGUGCUAACGACGUUGGAAUGAUUCAGACGGCUCAUGUCGGCGUAGGAAUCUCGGGCAACGAGGGUCUGCAAGCCGCAAACUCCUCCGACUACUCUAUUGCCCAGUUCAAAUACUUGAAGAACCUGCUGCUCGUCCAUGGAGCCUGGAAUUACAACCGUGUAGCCAAGUGCAUCCUCUACUGCUUCUACAAGAAUAUUGUCCUCUACAUCAUUGAGAUCUGGUUUGCAUUUGUCAAUGGUUUCUCAGGCCAGAUCCUAUUUGAACGCUGGUGCAUCGGCUUAUACAAUGUGAUCUUCACUGCUUUGCCUCCUCUCACUCUGGGAAUAUUUGAGCGUUCCUGCAGGAAAGAAAACAUGCUGAAAUACCCAGAACUCUACAAAACCUCCCAGAAUGCAAUGGGCUUUAAUACCAAGGUCUUCUGGGCCCAUUGUCUGAACGGCCUCUUCCACUCCGUCAUCCUCUUCUGGAUCCCCCUUAAAGCCUUCCAGCAUGAUACUGUGUUUGGCAACGGAAGAACUCCAGACUAUCUCCUCUUAGGCAACAUGGUUUACACAUUUGUGGUCAUCACAGUUUGUCUUAAAGCCGGCCUCGAGACCUCGUCCUGGACCAUGUUCAGUCACAUCGCCAUCUGGGGGAGCAUCGGCCUGUGGGUGGUGUUUUUCACUAUCUACUCCUCCCUGUGGCCCCUCAUCCCUCUGGCUCCCGACAUGUCAGGAGAGGCGGAGAUGAUGUUCAGUUCGGGGGUCUUCUGGACGGGCCUGGUCUUCAUCCCAAUCACCUCGCUGGUCUUUGACGUGGCCUACAAAGUGGUGAAGAAGGUGUGUUUCAAGACCCUGGUGGACGAGGUGCAGGAGCUUGAAGCUUUGUCCAAAGACCCUGGAGCUGUGGUGCAUGGAAAGAGUUUGACGGAGAGGGCCCAGCUCCUGAAGAACGUUUUCAAGAAGAGCACAGUCAGUUUGUACCGGUCCGACUCCAUGCAGCAGAACCUGCUCCAUGGCUACGCCUUCUCUCAAGACGAGAACGGAGUGGUGUCUCAGUCUGAGGUCAUCAGAGCGUACGACACCACCAAAGAGAGGACCAACGAGUGGUGAGCCGCCGGCCUCCGCUCGGCCUCUCCGGAGCCCCAGCAGCUGUUAUAAUGGCGAUAUUUACCGAGGGAAGACAAGUCGCCUCCAGCACUGAGGGAAUUUUAGGAAUAUACGGACAGAGCGUCUUUGAAAAAGGGAAAAGAAAAUAAGGAACAAAACUAAUUGUGUUCACUAUCAGCUGUAGUUGUGUGUCCAGCAGACAUGAUGAGCACUGUGCUUUCUUAGCAGUCUGUGGUCUGAAGUUCUUCACUGUUCUCGCUCAGUUUCUUGGAGUGAACGUCUCCUCUCUAUUCAAAAUCAUCUAAAAUCAUGUAAUUAAAUCAAACACCUUAACACUGGACGAUGGUUGGUUUUAGAGGAUGUCAACUUGUGAAGGAUUGCCAAAGAGCAGUCGUUUAUACAAUCUUCCAAGUACUAGUGAAUUCGGACAACUUUAAACCAAAUGUACUCACACUCCUGAGUGUAUUCCAGCACUAAACGGACCACUUCAGAGCAGACAUUGUAAUAUUUAACUUUUCUUUUUGCACUUAAUGAAGCAUCUAUUGUGUAAAGCCUUACAUUUGCUCAUGCCUUUAUCCUUGUUUCUAAAAAACACAUUUGUUUCUUUUUUAGUUUCAUUUUAAAAAGUAUGUAGAUAUCGUGCCUGGUUUUAUUUUGUUCCUUUUUUUUAAUUUCUUUGUUAAGAAGUUGCCUCCUGCAACUCACUGUAGUCCUGUUUCCACCGUUUUAACAGCAGAAGCAUUGCUCUCGACAAAUAAUUGCAUUCCACACAUCACUCCUGUCUCAACAAUCACAACGGUGCCUACGUAGAACCUUUCCCCAAUAGAUAGCCAAGAAUAGUUUAGCCAGCUAGCUUAGACCAGUGCUCCACACACUCCUACUGAAGACAAAAUCACUGUCUCCCCACCACAGUAUUGCACUUGUACAAUGUGAAAACUACUGUGCCUUGUGGCACGUGUGUAAACUUUAAGAUUUGUUCCUGCGCAGGUGAACGAGCGGGAGGCUCUCUGAUGGUGUUGUUGGAGCUGGUGAUAGUGUUUCCCUUAAAAUGGAGAUUUUAUCCUUCUAACAUAAGUGCCAUUAGCUUAAGGGAGAGAGAAAUAUUAGCCAGGAACUCACGACAAUAUCAAAACUACUUUGUCUCUAUAGUUAUUUUGUGGAUUUGUAUUUUUAUAUUGGAGAUGUAUGAAUUUUGCAUCGACUGGCUUUGUAAUGAACUGUCUGUAACUUUUAGUUGUUUUUCAUCCUCUGAUAAACUGGCAGGAUAGAAAAGAUCGAAUGAGGAAACUGAGCUUUCUUAAAUGUCUUGUUAUUAUUAAUAUUAAUAUUGUUACAGCGCGAUUUAUUUAUAAUUGACUACUUAACGUCUGUGUGAUUGCUUUCUUCUCCCUAUGGGAGAUCAAAUCUUAUGGUGUGUGUGAGUGUGUCAGUGUAUUGCCUGCAUGUGCAUGUGCUGUAUGUGAGUGUGUGUGUGUGUGUGUGCGUGUGCGUGUGUGUGUCACCUCUACUGUGGAUAACCUCUAUGUAUGCAUUGCAUGUCUGUGUCCUCUAUGUGAGACCGGGAGUUUCUGGCGUCCACUGAUGUUUCUUUUGUCGUGUGUGUGAGAGAAUGAAUGUGUGUGUGUGUGUGUGUGGCUUGCUCCAGUUGACCGUCUGCACGACUCCAGGUAUAGCUAUGGUGUACUACUGUGUGCUGAUGCAUGGCCCGUAUGGGGAAGUGUGUGUGUUAGUGUGCGGUAUGACUGUGUGUGCAGUCAAACUCUCGACCAGGACUGUGAGAGUUUCUGUUUCUCAGCUCGCUUCGACAGGAGAUGUUACACAAUGCACUCGAUGUACCUUUCCAGUAGUGGACAUCUGGUAUUAUCUGGUUUCAGUAUAUGAUUUCUCUUGGGUGUAAAUGUUUGUAACUUGUUUUCUUCAUGCAGUGUACCUCUGCUUUGCAGGAAAACUCUUCAGUGAGGGUUAAUGAUAUUUUUUCUCUGCUGGUCUUUAAUGUUACAACUGAAUUGGUCGUCAAAAGUUUCCAAAACGCUGAAUGUGGACUGUUGCUUUCUUUCUCCAGAAAACAUAAAACACACGUUGUUGUCUGUGAAAGUCGUGGGCUGCAUGAAUGGAAAACACAAACUGUUCUCUGAAAUGUUUAACUGUUCUACUUUAAUUCUCCCUCAAGUGUUGAUCACUUUACAAAAGAGAAAAAAAUGCACCUUUUUAACUUUACUUUUAAAUAUUUGUUUCUUUUUUCCGUCAUUUCGUUCGAUGAUUGUUCUGCAUGUUGGGACUGCAAACUUAUAAGUGUUGUCUUUUACUGCCAUGAAGGACUACUGAAAUAAACUUUACAAUCAUGGAGGAA